UACUAAUCGAGGAAGCAUCUAGAGUCUUCAGCCGGUCGAUCUGAGGGGAACUGGAAAGGUCCAUUAGUAAAGCAAGCGGUGAAGACAGUGGAGAAGGGUUGAGGUCUCAUGAAACGGGGAGACCAAGAGAUAUAUAUACCCCGUAGACAUCGCCUCUCGGAUUGUUCGGACAGACCAGCUUCAUCACGCAAUAACUACUAUACCCAAUUCACACUACCUCCUCUCAAAUUAAGUUUCACUCUCAAAGUCACUCACUGCCCAUCAUGAGCUACACACUCUACGACGCCGCCAUCCUCCACACCAAGGAAGCCCUCAACUCCCUAUCCUCCAUCCUCAAAAAGGCCGAAUCCCACGCCAACUCUGCCUCAUUCCCCACCGCCAAACUGGCCCCUGACAUGCUGGACCUCAGCUUCCAGGUCUACUUCACCACCGACACAGCGCAAAAGAUCGUCGCGCGCACAACCGGCACAGAGCCCCUCACCCUCUCUCGCGACGAGUGCACCACAUUCCCUCAAUUCCACGCUCGCAUUGCCCAAGUCCUUGAAGUUGUUGAGAAGGCUGACCGAGAGCUUGUCGAGAAGCGUGGUGCUGAGGUUGUCACUAUUGGCCUUGGCCCCGGAAAGAGUGCGGAUAUGAAGGUUCGGGAUUAUGUGCAGGGUUAUGGAAUUCCUAAUGUCUUCUUCCAUUUGACUACGGCGUAUGCGAUUUUGAGAAAGGAGGGCAUUGAGUUGGGGAAGCAGGAUUAUAUCGGUGCUUUCAUGAACCAGUACUUCUAAUCCUGGACAGUAAUCAAGCUGGUGGAUUGGGAUCAAUAAAAGUGAUUUGACGUUCAUCGAGGCUGCAUGAGAGUGACAGUGAUGAGGUGUUCUAUAAGUGACCAAGAUCCAACACUUACCUAACUUUAGGAUAAGUCUGUGCUAAACUUAGGAUAGUUUUGACACGUUAUUCUAAGCUCUUAAAUGAUCUCAAGCUUUUGAGC